AUGAAUUUAUUUAAUUUAUUUCGUCCUCGCAGCAAAACAAUAUCUGUCCAACCACCAAUUCAACCACCUCAAAAGUCUAUAGAUGAGAUUAUUCUUACACGCCUUCUUAAUGAAUAUAAACAAGAACUAUCAGAUGAAAAAUACAAUAAAGUAAUAACAGAAAUUAUUCAAAUUUAUUGUAAAAAUCCAAAACAAUUUCCUAUAAUAUUGGAAUAUACUGGAAUUAUUGAACAUUUAUUUGAAAAUAUAAAAAUUUAUUCCAAGCCAAAACAAUUUAUUGAAGAAAUUAUGGUAAAACGGUUUAAUGAAUUAUGCUCUUUUUCUAUCCUUACACACACUGUUUCUUCUAAAUUUACUAAUUUACAAAUAGAAUGUAUUUGUGAGAUUGUUUACUCAGUGGUUGAUUAUGUUAUUACCUCUCCUCCUAAUAUAGUUCUUGACAAAAACCCACUGAUUUUUCCUAUGUUUGAACAUCAAAAUCAAAUAGCCUCUAUUCCAGUAAAAAUUACUCCUGUUAAAUCUACCCCACAGUCCCAAAUUAUUAGUUAUGCUCUUAGUCUAAUUGGUCCAUUUUGUUAUUUGGAAUUACCAGACUUGUUGUUUGUUGAUAAAAUUCAACCAGAAACCAUUGAUGCUUUUAUUGACCAUUAUUACAGAUAUAUUCCAUUACAUAUUUCUUCAACACCAUCUCCAUUAGUAAAAAGAGUUAAAGUUCUUUGUGCAAAUUUAGUGGAAUCAAAAUUAACACCAGAAAAAGUGAACCAACAAAUAAAUACUUUAAUGCGUUUGAUUGUUUGUUUAACAAAGACAUUUCCUGAAUCUCCAGUAGAUUUCCCUGGGUUAUUUCCUUAUGGUCUUUCUGUUCCACCAUCACCAGAUUGUCUUACAUAUUAUUUUAAUGUUAUACAAGCAACAAACAACUUUACAUUUGUAUUACCAAUGGUAUAUUCUUUGAGUUUCUUCAUUCAAAAAAAUACAGAAGAUUAUUAUUUUAUUCUGUUAAGAAAAGUACAUUUAUAUGCACAUUCAGUAGGACCAAACAUUAGCGUUUUUCAAGAACAGUUAAAUACCAUUGUUAAUGAUUCAAAUAAAAAACAGUACUCAAUCCUUCUAAAUGGGUUUAUUAGAAUUAUUGAAUGUCUAAGUAUUGAAGAACGCAAAUACUUUUUUGAAUUUAUAAAGAAAAAUUCAAAAAACAUUGAUAUUAUAGAACCAAUUAUUGAUGGAUUAUCUUCAUUACAAUUGUCAAGAUUUUAUAUUCAAGAAUUUAUUCUUGAAAGUGGACUUUCUUAUUAUAUUCGUCAAACAGCAAUUAAUUCAACUGGAACAUUUAGAAUUAAAACAUUAAAAUAUUUAGUUCAAUUAAUGAGAGACAAUGAUGUUUUAAAAUAUUUUAAGACAACAGAGCCUAAUAAUUUCUUUUCUAGUAUGAUUAGAAGUGUUUCAAAUAAAGAAGAAUUUGAAUUAUCAAUUGAAUUUAUGACUUUAUUAUUAUUAGAUGAUGAUACAGAAAAAAUAAAUCAAUCUCUAGGAUAUAUCAAAUUAUUUAAACUCAUUGAUGGAUUAAAUGAAUUAGAAUAUAAAAUUCAAUUAAUGAAAUUAUGGAAAUUAAAAAUUGGAAUAGGUUCAGAAGAUUGUGUUAGAGAUUUUAUGUGUUAUUUAAAGAAAUGUUUUUAUCAAAAAAAUGGGAAUAAAGAAUUUUUUACUACCUUUUUUGACUCAUUUUCAUCUCUUAAAGAAAAUGUAUUUGGAAAAAAGUUAUUUGUUGAAUUUAUGAAAGAAGAUAAUACUUUUAUUCGAAUCAAAGAAAUUUAUUCUAUUCUUGGAAAUGAUAUUUUUGUAAUAUUAAGGAAUAUUGCUUUAACAACAAUGCUCAAUAUUAUUGAUGAGCCUACACCAUUAAUUCUUGUUUUAAAAUUGUUAUUAAGUCUCAAACUAACUGAAGAAUGUAGUGAUACACUUAUUGGGGAUAUAUUUAUUCCACUAAUAUCACAAUGUGAAAAUUUAGAUGUAUUAAGUCAUGGAGAAAUUCCAGAAUUAUUAAUUCCUUUUGUCAUUCAAUCAAAGAAAGCAAGUCAUGCAGAUUUUCUUAUUAAAAGUAUUAUUAGUUAUCAUUGUAAUCAUCAUGUCCUUGAACAAUUAAUUAAAAAUAUUCACCAAUGCAAACACAUUCAACAAGGUUUAGAUUCAAUCAUCAUUUCGUCAUUUGAGUUAAUCCCCACACCAACAUAUUUCCUCGAUAUUAGUCAACAUUUAGUAAAUAAAAUUUCAUUUAAACUUCCAUUCUAUUCUUUAAAACCAUUUACUACAUGUACUUGGUUUUAUAUUCAUUCAUUCCCAGAAUAUCAAACACCUUCUGUUUCUUUAUUCUCUUUUGCUUCUCCACAAUAUACAUUGGGAAUACAUGCUACUCCUGUUGGAGUUACUAUUUAUUUCAAAAAUUCAAGAGAAUUAUUACAAUUUCCAAUAAGAGAAAAAAUGUUUCAUUCUAUUGUUAUGACACUACAUCAAACAGACAAGAGUAAUAAAUGUAAAAUAGAAAUAUAUUUAGAUAGUAUUUUCCUUGGAUCGGUUGUUGGAGUUGCCACUUUUGAAAACAAUACUGAAAUGAUUGUACAAAGUACAGAACAAGUUCGUUUACGAAUUGGUAAUAUCCUAAUAUAUAGAACUAUUCUUGAAGAGGCAGCUGUCCAGAGAUUGGUAUAUUGUGAAAAUCCAGACCUUGUUCCAAGUAAUGAAAAUUGGUUAUGUCCAAUUGACAUUAGAACUCCAAAAGAGUGCAACACUAUUCCAUUUUCUUUUAUGGUAAAUGUAAGAACAAAACAGUUAAUCACUCAAAAAGAAAUAAUUCCAAUAAAUAUACCUUGGACACAACCUUUGAUAAAUUCAAAACAACAAGACAUUGGAAGAUGUAUUCAUGGAAAAAAGAUGUUAGAAUUACUUGGAGGAUAUGAUGUAUUAUUAAUAUUAAUGGCAGAAAUGAAAGAUAAUGAAAGUGUAUUAGCAGCACUAAACAUUUUAACAAAAUAUCUUUCAAAGAAUGGAAAAGCAUCUUAUAACUUCUGUGAAGUUGGAGGACUAAAAAUUAUGUUUGAUAUAUUAAAUGCAAGAGCAACGCUAUUUAACGAAAUUGGAUUGGUUGAAACUUUAUUAGAAUUUUCUACUGACCACCAGAAAGAAGUGUUUACAUCUCCAUUACUUGUUGAUAAAAUUGUAUUAAAUGUUGAUUUUUGGAAGAAAGGAAAUGAUGAUGUUAUUAGAAUAUAUUUAGAAAAGGUUGCAUUAAGUUUAAAAUCACCUCAUGUACAAUCAACUAUUGGAAUGUUAGAAGAGUGUAGAGUUUUUGAAAGGUUUUUACAAUUUAUUGAUAGGUCAAUUCAAAAUAAAAACAUUAGGUCUCCUUUCAUUGCAGUUAUGUCAGGUUUACUUCAGUUAUCAUCGUGGAGAAGUUAUUUACAUCAAAUAGCUAUGAUUGUUCAAAGUAAUUAUUCAACAGAACAAAUUAUAAGAUGUACAGUAUUUAAUGAUAGUACAAAUCAAGGAGAAUCAGUAGGAAAUGUGGCAAUUAGAAAUCUUAUAAAUAAUAUUGAUGUAUCGAAUUCAUCAGACACAGAGGGUAUGGACACUCCAUGCAUUGAGUCAUUAGUAUUAGUGUUACAAAUAUUAUUGACUCGUGCAUUAAGUAUUGAAGACAAGGAUCAAGUCUGUGAAUUUUUAACUACUGCAUCAAGUAUAUUACCAAUAGGAGUUAUAUUAGAAUUAGUUGCUAUUGUAAAAAAGCAAUAUAUUAACGAUGUAUUAAAAUAUAUGUGUUUAAUCUUAUCUAUUCAACCAAUUUAUAGUAAAUUUAUUAGACUUGGUGGAUUUGUUAGAUUAUUCAACUCACUCAGGUCAGUCAAAAGAGUAUAUAAAUAUACUUAUUCUACAAUUAAAAUCAUUUCUUCAUUUCUUCGUACUAUAUUUUUAAUGAAUUUUGAUAAAGGAAAUACAAUGGACAUUGCAUCUGAUCCAUCAUUAGUAUUAUUAUUAUGUACUCUAAAUGAGAUACCAACAGAAAUAUUAGGAAUGAUAGUUAAAGAAUUUUCAGAAAAUUGUAUUAAACCUGAAGGAAGAAAUUUAGUAUCUUGUAAAAUGUAUAAUGAGGUUGUAUUUCAUUCUAUUCUCAAUGUUGUUCAUAGAAAUGAUGAUGAAAAAAUAUUAAAUGGACUAUUAUUAAUGUAUGACUCUGGUAUGAAUGAGGCUCAAAAACGAUCAGUACAACAAGUUGCAACAAAGGUACAUCUUCAUUAUUUAUACUUUACAUCAUUGGUAAUGUCAGAUAAUUUUGAAUCAAGAUUAUUGUGGAGGGUAUAUGUGUUUAUUGCUGAUAUGCACAAGAAAUAUGUUGUUACUCAAGGAAGAAGGUCACACAAAUUAUUCUUUAUUAAUGCAAUUGCACGUAUUUGGAAAGAGGUAUUACAAUAUGAUUUACCAUUAUCAAUUGAGUCUCAACGAUUGAUUAUUGAGAAAUUAUCAGUGAGAGAUUUUAUUGUUCAAUUUGAACAACGCCAGGCAUUGUUUGAAGAAAAAUAUAAUAAUAUUAGUGUUGCUGCAUAUUAUGUACCAUUAUUAAAAACGUUAGGAUUAACAACUAUUUUAUCUACUGAGUUAUUAAGAGAGGGAAUACAAGGAAAUUCAGUUUUAAUUGGAUUUAAUGAAUUUACUGAAGAAGUGAAAAAUGAAUUACAUUUAUUUGUCAAUGAAAUAUAUGGAACUAUUGAAAGAAAAGAAUACCUUCAUCCAUAUCUUGUACAAAUACAACCUACAACCAUUCCUAAUGAUCUUGAUUUUAUUAAACCUCCACCUCGUUCAUUCAAAGCAAAACCAACUAGUCCAUCAAGGGUUGCUUGUUUACAUUGGUUAAAAAUAUUUAAAAACUAUACAUCCCCAAAAGGAAUAUUAGCUUAUCAAUUCCCACCCCCAAUAAGUGCUAUAAAAUUAACACCUUUUAUAACUCCAAGUUUUGUACAUAAUUUAGUAGAUUAUUCUUCACCAAAAAUGAGAGACCUUCCAACAACUGAAGAAAUUACUCCCGAGAUUAUAGAAGAGUUAAAAAAUUAUCUUCAGAUUAAAGAAAUUGUUCCAUACAUUCCUCCCAUUGCAUUAACAUGUGGAAUAAAAUGUAAAAGAAUUAAAGAAGAAGAAGAGUGUGAAGGAAUGAUGCAAAUUAAGGAAGAAGCAGAUGAAAAAGAGUUAGUUUUUCAAUACUCAAAAGUUCUUCAUAAUGAAAAUAUUAGUAAAGAAAUUAUUUUACCUUUAAAAAAUGCAAUCAUCACAAAGAAAAUGUACUUGUAUCAAGAUAAUGGAUUAGAAAUAAUAACUGCUGAUGGAAGAAUUGAAUUCUUUAUUUUUACAAAUAAACAACGUAAUAAAAUUAUAGAAAUUACUGGGUGUUCAGAAAGUAAAUUGUUAGAGUCAACAAAGAUGUGGAGUAAAGGAUUAAUUAGUAAUUUUGAAUAUCUUGGAAUAAUCAACAAUGAAGCAGGAAGAAGUUAUAGAACAUUAAGUCAAUAUCCCAUAUAUCCAUGGGUUAUUUGUAGUUAUGAUAGCAAAGAUUUCAGAUUAAGUGAUAUUCAGAUGUAUAGAAAUCUCCAACUACCAAUUGGAGCACAAAAAGAGACGAAUCAAAUAGAAGAUAAUUAUUAUGAAAAAGAAUGUCAUUAUAAUUGUUGUCUGAGUAGUCCAUCAACAGUUUUAAGAUGUUUAUUUAGGCUAAGACCCUAUACUGAUAUGAUUUUAAAAGAAAUGUCAGGAAGAUGUUUAGAAAUAGAUGGAAGAAUGUUUGUCAAUGUAGGUUCAUUGUUUUUAAGUUCUGUGUUACAAUCAAGAAUUGAAUUAUUACCUGAAUUCUAUUGUUGUCCUGAAGUAUUUAUGAAUUUGAAUCAUCUUAAAGGAGAAAGUACAACCGUUGGAGAUGUUAACUUUCCUCCUUGGGGAGAAACAAGUAGGUUAUUCAUUCAUCAUAUGAGAGAAGCAUUAGAAAGUCAAGAAGUUGGACAAACCAUUAACCAAUGGAUUGAUUUAGUGUUUGGAGUUGACCAACAAAACAGAAAUAAGUUUAAUGUUUAUAGUAAGGAAUAUACAAAAGAAUCUGAAGUGGAUGAACAAAUUAAGGAAGUUAUAUGGAAAACAAUGGGUAAUAUACCAAAUAAAGUAUUUAUUAAACCACAUCCAAAGAAAUUAGUUACCCCAAGGUUAGCUUUUAAUUUUCAUAAUCCUCAUACAGAAUUAAUUACUACAUUAAAAAUAGGAUGUUUAUUUGCAUUUGAAAAUAAUAAAUUUUCAGUAUUUACUGAACAAUGUUGUACUUUUUCAUUAGACAAGGAACUUUAUUGUGUAAAAUAUGAACAAAAUAAAGGUAUAUUUACAUUAAGUAAGAAUGAUCAAAUUAUUAAUAGUUUAUAUUGCAAGUCAUUAGAUGUUACUGACUUCAAUGUUUUUGAUAAUGGAAAUAAAUUAGUUUAUGGAUGUGAGACUGGAGAAUCAUUUAUUAUUAAUCAGCCAUUUGGAAAAAAUCCAUUAUUUGUUUCACUGUAUGGUAUCACAGAUAAAGUAACUGCAAUAACAUAUUGUAUUGAUUAUCACACAGCAGUCAUUGCAUCAAGCGAUGGAUAUAUUCGAUAUUUUAAUGAAGAUGGUAAAAUUAGACAAGUCAUAAAAACAAAUGAAGUUAUAAAUAAAAUGUUAUUUAGUGACAAAAAUGGUGAUUUAAUUACUUUAUCAAUUCAACAAAGUAAAACAAUUAUUACAGGAUAUUCUAUUAACGCAUAUAAAUUUGCUGAAACUUUAAUAAAUACUACUAUCACGGCUGUAACAAUUACUCAUUUCAUUGAUGGAUCAAUUAUGAAUGUUUUGGCAUUAGGAAGUGAUCGAGGAGAAUUGAUGUUAUAUGAAGUUGAGAAAUUGGAAUUAUUAGGUUCUUGUUAUGGUGGACGUUCAUUAAAUUCUUCAAAAAAUACUUCAAAAGUGCUUUCAGUUCUUUUUGUUGAAAAUUAUUCAAAACUUUAUUUCUUUGUAGAGUGUCUUGAUGGAGUUGAUGUAUUAGAAAUAAAAUGA